GACGCCGUGAGGCGACGGCCGGCCCACCCGCCUUCCUUAUGCCCCCCGUCGGCCUUCCUCCCUCCCUGCCUCCGUCCCUACUCCUCCUCAGCCGGCUCCACGCGAGGAGGACAGUGCCGCAACAGGAAUGACGGUGAACACACCGCUGUGUUUUAGAGGGAAGAACAUCCUGGCACCCAUGGUGCGAGUGGGAACCUUACCGAUGCGUCUUCUGGCCCUGGACUAUGGUGCUGACAUCGUGUACUGUGAGGAGCUGAUUGACAUAAAGAUGCUGCAGUGUAAGAGGGUUAUAAAUGAAGUACUUGAAACAGUGGACUUUGUUGCACCAAAUGAAAGAGUGGUUUUCAGAACUUGUGAAAGGGAGAGGCACUGCGUCGUCUUUCAAAUGGGUUCAGCAGAUGCUGAAAGAGCCUUGGCGGUAGCUAAGCUUGUAGAGAGUGAUGUAGCUGGCAUUGAUAUCAACAUGGGCUGCCCAAAAGAAUAUUCUACUAAGGGUGGCAUGGGGGCAGCACUGCUAUCUGAUCCUGACAAAAUUGAGUCUAUACUGACUACUCUUGUUAAAGGAAUUUGUAAGCCAGUAACCUGCAAAAUCCGCAUUUUACCCUCAGUUGAGGACACUGUGAAUCUGGUGAAGAGAAUAGAAAAAACUGGUAUUGCUGCCAUUGCAGUCCAUGGAAGGAAGAAGGAGGAGAGGCCUCAGCACCCUAUCCACUGUGAUGUGAUCAAAGCCAUAUCUGAAGCAGUCUCCAUUCCAGUAAUAGCAAAUGGAGGAUCUCAUGACUUCAUCAAAGAAUACAUGGACAUUGAGACCUUCCGGAAAGCAACAGAUGCCUCGUCUGUAAUGAUAGCUCGUGCUGCGAUGUGGAACCCAUCCAUUUUCAGAAAAGAAGGUCCUUUCCCCUUGAAGGAAGUCAUGCAAGAUUACAUCAAAUAUGCAGUGAGAUAUGAUAAUCACUAUACCAACACGAAAUACUGUUUGUGUCAGAUGUUAAGAGAACAAUUAGAAACUACUCAGGGCAAGAAGCUGCAUGCUGCACAGUCCACGCAGGAAAUCUGCGAAGUCUUUGAAAUGGCUGAUUUCUAUGAAGAAACAACAGCUGUUUUCGAAGCAAAGAAAACAUCCCUAGAAACUAAGAUACAAGAUGAAGAUGACCAGAUAGAAGAUCCAGAUGUGAUAAAAAUGGCUGUUAGAUUUGACAAGAGAGAAUAUCCACCGCAGAUUACUCCAAAAAUGUAUCUUCUGGAAUGGUGUAGGAAAGAAAAGCAUCCUCAGCCUGUUUAUGAAACUGUUCAAAGACCACUGGAUAGACUGUUCUGUUCAGUUGUGACAGUAGCUGACCAAAAAUACAGAUCAACUCUGUGGUAUUACACUUGUCUUUUCAAUAAGAAAUUGGAGCCUAGUAGCUGUGAAUUAUUUGAUUGAAGGCACUUUGAGCUGUUUUGUUCUUUUGAACUUGGAAGUCCUAGUAAGCAUCUACAUGUAUAUUAUUUGCAAUAUGGGCAUUCAAAUAUGGCCUUGUGUGUUCUUGAAAUGUGACCUACUUUGCCUCAGUAUUUAACUGUCGAUGAUACUGUUGGUCUUAAUCAAAAGCACGUUUGUUUUUUUUAAUUUAUUGUAAUCUUCAGAUUAUCAGUACUGGUCUGAAAGCAAAAUUACAGGGAUACCAUGCCAUGAUCUCUGGAGUAUUGUGCAUAAGUAAUUUAAAAAGUAUAAUUUAUUUGGAUGUAGUUCAUCGAUAGUCUUUGUAUUUAAAACUUUGAAUCUUUUUCUCAGAUGAUGACGUCAGCAUUAAACCAUUCUUUUAUAAUGGCAGAACAGUAUCUCACCAGAUGAUGUUCAGACUAUUUAAAUAUUAAAUAUACUUAAUUACUUAAACUACU